AUGCCCCAUUUUCACAAAUCGCUGGAGAAAUUCGUUACUUCUUUUGGUAAUUUUGGAAAAUGUGAUGAGUGUGGAUGCGCACGCGAAUCAACUGCUUUGAUAAGAGGAAGAAGAUAUUGCAAAAGUUGCAAGGAAAAGAAAAAAUGGGUAACACCAGCAAAAUUUCAGGACUCAGACGCAACAUUCAAAUGUCCUGCUGGAAGCUGCGGAGCGACUAAACUAUCUUUUCGCGAGCACAUAGUUGGAUACUGCUGUGAAGCUGCUUUGGCGAGAACACCGGAUGAUAUUUGGGAAGCAAAAAUUGAGCACGAAGCGAUGAGCAAGCUUUAUCUGGAAAUAAGAGAAGAUAAUAAUUCUUCUUUUGAAAAAAUCAUGGACGCUCGUCGUGACCUUAUCAAUGCUAGAAAUAAAGUCGAGACAAAGGAAGAAGAACUGAAAAAAGCCAAAGAAAAUGUUCCGCUCGCAGAAAAAAGACUCAGAUUCGCAAAUACAAAUGAAGUGUAUUUACGAAAGUUGCACGAAAAGAGUGAAAAACGAGUACUUAUCAUCACAAAUGCAGCUUUCCUUCGUGAUGACGCACCAGGUCCAGUGGCGAAGAAAGCGAAGCAAGAAGAUGUGAAUGAGCAGAAUCAAUGCAAGGUCUGUUUUCAUCCUUACAAUGAGGAGCGCCCAGAAGCAAUCAUCAUUCCCUGCGCUCACAAGUUCUGCUUCAAUUGCAUCACAUCCCUUCGAGAGAAAAACUGUCCAAACUGCCGGGCUAAAUUCACUGACAACAAUGUUUACAAGACUCAUUGA